GUUCUGAUUUUCUUUCUGCUGAUGACCUUUCAUCGGACACAUUGACAGUAGGUGGCGCUGUCGGUGGAUGUUCCGUUGUGAUUGUCCUAGCUGUGUUGGCUGUUUUAUUCUUAAGAUUAAGGAGAAGAAAGUCUGCAAGAUCCGAAGUGAAAGAAACUAUCAUUCAAAACAAGGACUCCUCUCCGAUGGAAAUGAAAACUAAAGAAUCCUUACCAAAACCAACCAACAAUCAACGGAAUGAAAAUGUGAACAACGUGGACCCCCCUAUCAGUGAUGUCAUUGAAACUGUAAAGAGAGGUCGUCCAACAAACAAAACCAUCCCAGUGAAGAACCUACAGGCCAUCAUAGAUAAGAUGUCUUUGGGAGAGCAUGCUGGCUUCAAACAUGAAUAUCACGAAAUCCCAAGAGGCGAACUUCAUCCAUGUGAGGAAGCCAAGAAGCCCGAAAACAAACCGAAAAAUAGAUACACAACAACGUUUCCGUAUGACCAUUCUCGAGUUAUUUUGAAAACUACGUCCACAAACGAUGGAGGUUAUAUUAAUGCCAACUAUAUCGAAGAUGCAGGGGGAAAGCGGGCCUAUAUCGCAACUCAAGGUCCCAAACCAAAGACAAUAACUGAUUUCUGGAGAAUGGUUUGGCAAGAGGGUGUUUUCGUCAUUGUCUGUUUAACGAAUUUAAAGGAGGGUGCAAAGAACAAAUGUGCCCUAUACUGGCCAGGCAUCAACGAUAAAAUCCAGGAUGGAGACCUCAAUAUUAGAAACGUGGGAGAGAAAGAUUAUGCUAAUUGUACGAUAAGGCAGUUCAAAUUCUACAACGGCAAGAGAGACCGUGAGGUAGUGAUGUUUCAUUACACAAGAUGGCCGGACCAUGGAGUGCCAGAUCCACUCAGUCUCGUUAUCUUCCAUCGUCACGUGAUGACAACAUCCUCAUCAUAUUCCGGAGAAUACACAGUCGUACACUGCAGCGCAGGCAUUGGUAGAACGGGGACAUAUAUUGCUCUGGAUGCCCUCUAUCGGGAAGGUUGGAGGAAGGGUAGGAUUAACGUACCAAUGUACGUCAGAACCAUGAGGAAGGACAGAAUGAACAUGAUUCAGGGCGAAGACCAGUACAAAACUGUUUAUCUUGCAUUGUUUGAAUCCUUCCGUGGAAAAUCUAGAUGCUUGACAACAGAACAGUUUUUACAAGAAUGUGGAGAAGAAUCGUGUUAUGUGAAUGCUGGAGAUGUCACUAAGAAGUCCCCAAGGUCUUCUGAAUUUGAGGAGUUACUCUCACUUCGGAAGGAAUACUUACAGAAGGAUUAUGAGUCUGGACGUGCGAAUAUAACCGCCAACUACACCAACAGUGUUCUACCAGUGGAGAGAUUUAUGUGCCGUCUGUCCUACGCAAAGGAACGAAGUACAUAUUACAAUGCUGUUUUACAUCAGACUUUUACCGCUAACGACCUUCUCAUUAGCGCUCAGUAUCCACUGCCUGACUACUCAGAAGAUUUUCUGAAACUCGUGAAAGAUUUUGAUGCCCGUGUAGUGGUAUUCAUGUGUCCUUUGAAAGACCUUAAAUCUUCAUCCCGUUGGUUCCCAUCCAAAACUGACAACAAUAUGAUUGGAAACUUUACAGCGAGACUGAAAACAUCAACAAAUUCAGGCAAUGUCUCUACAACAAAGAUAAUUCUAGAAUCCAAAGGAAGUUCUGAGAUACAAAUAACAGUGCUAGAAUGUAACACCUGGAAUGAAACUGAAUCAGUUGUAAACAAGAGAGCCUUACUAGACAUGGUCAAAGAAGCAAAAAGUGAACAAACGAAGCAGGAUGGAAGAAUUCUUAUUUUGUCCAGCGACGGGGCCACGCGUUGUGGAUCAUUCUGUGUUGUCUAUAACGCUCUUGAGCAGAUCACCAUGGACAAAGAAGUGGACAUCUUCACCAUCACACGUCAGCUUCAAGUUCGCAGAACUGAGUUUCUGUCUACUUUGGAUGAAUACCAGCUGUGCCAUGAUGUUGUUACAGAAUAUUUGCAAAAUGACAGUGUGUACGCAAAUUGUUAAGAGGGCUUAUAGAUGAACUAUACAAUAUAUUCUUGUUCAUUUUUCGGAUAAAAGAAUUAUGAGGCUACGCAGUUUCAGUUUUUUAUACCAAGAGAUAGUUCAUUAAAUCCAACUCCUUCGCCUGUAUAGCUUACAGACGAAAUUAUCAACACAUUAUUUUAGUAAACUAGUAUUAAUGAUAUUAUGCGUGAUGCAUGCACAUAGUCUGAAUUUACUAGACUGUUGUUUAGAGAUAAAAUGUAUCUUCGUCAAGACAACUUAUUCAUGCUUAAAAGAAAUCACUAUGUGUUAAUCAAAACUGGAAACUGCUUUCAAUUUACUUUCAAUUUGUAUUUACAACUGAUAACGACUUUUAAAUGUUUUAAGUGAGUUACAUUUGAUUCUGAAUUUUAAUUAUUUAUUCAAGGUGUAGUAAGAAAUAGUUACACUGGUCAACAAUUGAAAUUUGUUAGUAGAACAAAAACUCAAAAACAUAGCAUUCCUGUUGCAAUCUCCUCAUUGGGUGUGAUUUAACAUGUCAAAUUUAAUUCCUUUUUGGAAUGUUUACAUGUUAUUAGUCUAUGUUUGAUAAAAACAAUUAAGAUUUGUAUGUUCCAAAAAGGAUUAGAUGCUUAGUCAUCUAUUAUUCUAUAUUUUGGAAGAAAAUAUUAUUGAACGCAAUGUUUCCCCACAUUUUUUUUUUCUUUAUAAAUUAUACUUAGAUAUGGCGGAAAGAUGUUUUUCAUAUAUCGAUGUGUAUAAAAGAUGUUGAAUCGAAAAUGUGAAAUUGAUCAUGACUGUGUUUUCUUAACCCUUUUCAAUGUAAACGUUAACAAUUCUGAGAAGGAUUACAUGAGCUGAUCUAGAAUAUUUUCCAAUGAGGGGAUAGUGACAGAGAAGCAUACCCCUUCCAAAAACUAAAGUGUACCAAUGUUUUGUCCGUUUAACGUGUCCAAAAAUGGGUUUUGCAGCCUCUACAGUCCCUCCAGAUCCGAUUAACAUUUUAAUCACUGCAUAUCAUGCAUUUUUAUUUUUUGUAUUUUUAAUUCUAAAUCAAAUAUGACAUUUAUCACCAUUGUAUUACUGAUAAUAGUCAAAAUAUAUUCCUAAUUUCACAUUAGGUCGCUGCCUGUAUCCCCUUAGGAUCUAGUACUGGAGAUGGGAUGAUAAUUAGAUAGUGAAUAAAUACUGUGGAAGUGUU